ACUGGAUUACCAAGCAGAGAAAAUAAAUGAGGCUAUUUUCGCCUUGCAAAAUCAAAGAAACGUUUCGGAAAAUCUUACCAGCGAAGAGAGCUGCUUACCUUGAAUCAGGACAAGGAAGUGACGAGAUGACAACUUCUCGUGCACACGUCAUUUUCGCCAUUCUCCUCGCCGCUCUAGCGGUUGUCACUGGAUAUCUGCAGUACUUUGCUAAACCGGCUCAGUGUUGGUCACCUCCAGAAUUUACACAAUCUAUGGUGGAUUACUCAAAUUCGGUAUGCUAUUUUUCAAAUCAGUACUAUGUCCCGAUAGAUGACUUGCCUAUCCCAGAGCCCAUUCCUACGGCGCCACACACCAACUAUUACAAAUGGACACCGUUUGGACUUCUCUUUCUGUCUGUCCUCUAUGUCAUUCCGGAAUUGGUUAAGAACAUGGCUUCUAAGGUGUUCCAACUAAAUCUUGGCAAUAUUCUCGAGCUUUCUCACCAAAGUGUCACGGGAUCUGACGAGAUAAGACUUGCAGCCAUCAAGCAGCUUACAGCUGACCUUCAGUACAGAUUGGACGGAAACAAAUGGAAGUCAAAGAAGACAGGCUUUCUGCGAUGUAUUGCGAAAAUAUCACCGUCACUCACUCACUACAUCUGGCUUGAGCAGUUUGCCGGAAAACUUUGCGUCCUCAUCGGGUCUAUUGUGCCAAUCUACUUCCUAUACAAAUACCUGGGUCUAGAUGUCAACUUUUAUGACCAAGUCGUGAACAACAAGAUGCCUAGCAACGAAACCUAUUUUCCAGACCAAAUACUCUGCGAUUUUGCGAUUCGUCGGUUUGGAAAUAUCAUCCGGUUCACAGUACAGUGUCAUGUGCCGGCCAAUGAUAUGUUCAAGAGAAUCAGUCUUCUUAUUGGUUUCUUGGCUCUUGUUGUGUCGUCUGUCAGCAGCAGUGACGUCAUCUGUUCUCUUGUCGCUCGUCUCUUUGAGCCGAGAACCUGUACAUACAUCAAGAGACAUAUGAGCUUACUUACUGAGCAGGAUACUAACCACGAAAACGAGGAGUGCCAAAACUUCACAGAGCGUCACCUGGGGGCAGACGGUAAAUACCUGCUCUGGCUGAUCGGCCAGAGCUCCUCCGAGACCGUCGUCUGUCAAAUUCUCUCCAGACUCUGGGCAGCGUACAAAACCAAAUCGAUUGAGGAUAAUCCGCCGCCAUAUUUUGCGGACAAGACACCUCUGUGUGGUAACCUAAACGCUGCAUUUACUGACUGCAGCAGUGACUUCAUCUGUUGUCUCGUCGCUCGUCUGUUUGAGCCGAGAACCUGUACGUACGUCAAGAAACAUAUGAGUUUUGUCAAUGACCAAGAUACUAACCUCGACGACGAGGAGUACCAAAACUUCACAGAGCGUUACCUAAGGGCAGAUGGGAUGUACCUGCUCUGGCUGAUCGGCCAGAACUCCUCCGACACCGUCGUCUGUCAGGUUCUCCUCAGACUCUGGGCAGCGUACAAAACCAAACGGAUUGAGGAGAAACCCGCACUAAAACCGCCGCCAUAUUUUGUUGACGAUACACCUCUCUGUGGAAAAAUGAAUGAUGGUUUUACCGACUGUUGA